GAACAAACUGAGCAGAAGAGCUGGAAGGAAGCUCUCCCAACCUCGAAUAAAGAAAAAGAGAAGAGAAAAGUGAGCAAAGUGACACAAAAACGUCAACAACAAUUUAAACUAAUUAUCUUUCUUGAUUUAAUCAUUAGUUAAUUAAAUGUUGGAGUAUAGUAGAGAUCAGUAAUUAAUUAGAGCGUGAUGGGGACUGAAGUUCAUAAUAACAAUAGUGGCAGUAGUGCCACUGGUGGUGGUGGUGGUGCUGGUAAUGCUACAGCUACCAUGGCUGGAGGAGAAUUCGUCAUGAUGAAAGAUACCGUUUGGAAAUUAUCAUCUCGAGUUCUACUUUUGGAAGGAUUCAUUAAGCAGCAAUUUGGUAACGUAUUCUGGCAAUUUUGUGAAGAUCAAGUAAAAAAUGUAGGUGAUACACCCUCCGAUGAGGACGAGGACGGUCUUAUAAUCGCAGAGACUAAACCUCCCACUAACAUCCUUCCCAUGCCCCCAAUGAUUCCAAUUCAGCCCAAAGCGAGGCCACGACAACAACAAGCCCAACAACUCCGAAAAUCUUCUUCUACAGCUCUCACUACUACCUCCGCCACAAUUCCACCGCCUCCUCCCCUCUCGAGGGGUACUUCACCCUCUUCCUCCACCUAUCAGACCCCCAAAGCACGCAACUUUCUCCCCAAAUCUCUCACCGCACCCAAACUUCCUCCAUCCAUCACCAUCACCCCAACGAACACGCGUGGGAAUGGAAUCACGACUGGGGGACAGUCCAUUCUUAAAGAGAAAAUCCCGAGCGAGAAUCAUCAUCAUAUUUCUGAAGAAUCCCAACAGCACCAGCAGCCACCGCAGACCAUUCGGAUUAAAUCAGAGCCCAAACUUUCCACCCAGCACCAUCACCACCAGCAGCAGAGAAGAAGUCCAGCCCUUAUCGCUUCCGCGAAUCGACAUCAACAUGCUCGACUCUCGACGGGAUCAAUAACAACGUCUUCCAUUCCAGCUCCACCGACGACACGUGUCGUAAUUCCACCCCCGCAACUUCAACAACAUUAUAUGAAUGCCGGAGGAGGAGAAGAGUACGGGGGAGAAUUUUAUCAAGGCGAGUCUGAAGAAAGUGAAGAAGAUUCCGAACUUUACGGAGACGGAGGUUAUCUUGCAGCCGAGCUCGUUUCUGCCACUCUCUGUCCACCCGAAGACACUGAAGAUUCGUCUGAAAUCUGUGGGAACGCUGCCACCACGAAAAAGAUCCGCCUUUCCCUCUCGGGAACGUCCUCGUCGUCCUCGUCAUUCCUCAAUGGCAAUGGGAAUGGUGGUGGGCAGCGUCAAAUGCGUCCAAAUCCAUGCCACGCUCGUUGUCAAAAUCGUUGUCACGAUAUUUGGACGGAUGGGGAUCGAAUGGGAGUAUUUCACACAUAUUGGGCCCUUCCGUCGGAGGAGGAGAGACGUGAAUUUGUUGCCUCGCGGAUCGAAAGAGUGGAUAUGGCCACAAAGAGAACAGAAUUUUCCAAUUUUAGAACCUGCACGUUCAAGUAUUAUCUUCCACAUCCGGACAAUCCCUGGGUCCAAGUCUGCAAAAACUUUUUCCUCGCGACGAUCGACGAGAAGCGAAGCUACAUUGAAAAGAUAGCUCAGAGCGUAAAGGGCGAAGCGGGCGAGAAGGUUUCCGCUAAAAAUAUCCCAUUUCGAAGACGGAAUCAAAUGCAACGGAGUGCGGAGGAGAUGGGGAAUUAUGCGGGGUGGAUGCAAGGCUUGGGACUGGAUCCGUCCCUCCUUGACGAACAUGGUGGUUACAUGGUUGAGGGCGAUGUGGACGGCGAAAUGGUUGACGGAGAGGAGGGUGAAGAUCAAGACGGAAUGAUGAUGGGUGUCGAAAUGAUGGAAGACGAAGAAGAGGAGUCUUCCCAGCAGGAUUGAUGAUAACACCACUUCCUCGUCCCCUUCCCCCCACUCACAACACUCCUUCACUUCCGCUACUAUUGCAAACUAACUCCUUCCUUCCAAAAUGAAUCUGCUAUAUUAAUCAAUAUAAAGAAUCUCUCACUUCAAGACUACUACACUAAUAAGUAAUAAGACAAAAGUGGUUUUAUGACUCGAGAAGAAAUCUACACGAAUUCAGCUCUAAUGGAUUCCGACGCUGAAGAUCUGACCUCACACCAAAUGAAUAUCAUCACGUGCAUGAACUACAUUCAGAAUGCGUAUGCUUAUUUAUAAGUGUAUUCAGUGAGUGUGUACCCCUACAUAUUUUUCUACUCUAAAUACUACAGCCUGACUAAACUAUAUAUAAAAAUCUAUUCAAAAUCGUUGAAUUUGAAGCUGCAUACCCUUUACCGCACCCAUCUAAGAUUCCGCUGAAAAGUGCUAAAACAAAAGUAUUAUGAUUUCCAGACGUUUAUAUUUUCCUUUUUCGGAGAACAGACAGAGAGCUACACACAUACACCUUUCCAGAAUAAUAUAAUAGUUUUAGUUUAUAUUUAGCAAUGCGCGUCUGUGCAUGUAGAAAGUACAAAGGAUACCAAAUUAUGUGUCAAUUCUUUUUUGUUCUUUCUUUUUCGAGGGGUUUAUUAUGUAUUGUUGUUCAAUAAUGGACGAUACCGCUGCAUGCCUUACUUGUUCUGAUAAAUUGUUGCUCCCCCCCCCCCCUAAAAAAUAACUACAUAUGCAACAAGGUCCCUUAUUCCUUAUUAAACCAACUUCCUCCCUUCUUGAUGAUCUACUGCCUCUUCUCGGCGUCGUGCGUGUGUGUCGCAGUACAAUAUUAUUAUUAUUGUUCAGAUUUGUAUUAUUACGAUAGUUUAGUCCCAGACUAAUAUAAAUCCACAGCUAUUAAUAAUUAACGCCUCUAUUAUAUUGUGCAGAUUGUCUUUAUCGCUAUACGCAUCUAAUAGUUUAACUGUUAGAUUAACUUUAAUAACUAAUCCACCACGGGAAGAAUUUGAUACUAACCUAAGAAAUCUCUAAUUAAAAAUUGUAAGAAUCUCACUCCAAUCAGAUCUGAUUAGGCAGGUAAAAAAAUAAUUAAGUGUAGAAAAAAGAAGUGAUUUAUUAGAAGUAUUUUUACUGCGUGAAAUGUAUUCCAUAGGAUUUUCUAUCGAAAAGGAGAGCAAUAAUUAUCACGUAAUUAAUUAAGAAUGAUAUGAUUCCACGAAAAACCGCAAACGAAGAUGAAUCACGAUUCGUUUUAUUAACUACUCAUUCCAAAUAUCAAAAAUUCCGAUUUAGUAUUACAUCAUAAUAAUAAUUGUAUCCACGAGUAUUAAUAUUUGACCUUAGUUCAUGGUUUUCUUACUCCGAUAGUAGAUAUUUUCGAGGAGAGAAUCGAAAGUGACAUAACGCAAUGGGUCACGACGACGUCUUCCACAAACAAAUAAUAGUUUGUAUAUGUACUGCUUGGUUUAGUAGAGUUGUAUUAAUUGUGUGUAUUAUUAAUUAAAUAAUUAAGUAGUCGUGUGUAGAUAGAAAUAUUUAGUAUUAUAUUUUAGUCCUUGUAUCAUGGUGUCUUGUUUCAGUUUUUUGUGCAUGCGUUGUUAAUAUUAGUUGGACAGAGUUAUGUAUGUAAUAGUGCCACCGUGUAGGUUCGCUAAUUUGUUACCACUCUAAUUAUUAUUAAUAUUUUCACUCUAUUAUUCUAUGUUUUUAUCCAAGCAAGUGGAACAACUUUUUGUGUUUUGUCUUAAUUUUACUUAUGAUCAAUUUAAUCCAUGUCUGAUUAUGAUGCAUAUUUGUAACGUCGUUGAAGCUGCCAAAGGAGCCAUCUCGUACAAAAUUGGAUGGGCAUGAAUACUUUGGCAGGUUCAACCACGAUAAUUAUGCUUUAUUCCAGAGUUAUAUAAUCAUGUAUGUAUUACGAAAUGAAUGAAUGAUGACGAAUGGGAUACGUCAUCACAAAAAGUAUUACGAUAAGUGACUCCAGAUCUAAUGCAUAACUCUGAAUCUAUACGAAGAUCGAAGGUGUGUCAAAUGAUGUCUCUCGCAGUUUGAAUCUUAUUAUUCUCCUGGGUUCGAUAAAUGUACCAGGAAUUAAAAAUGAAGUGUGUGUAUGGAUGAUUUAUUAAUUGAGCCGACCAAGAAAACCUUCUUUACUGUAAUCAUUCAUUCAUAGCUAAGUUUAUUACGUAAUGUAAUGUAAAAAGAGAGGAGGAAAUGAGAAUUUCGAAUAAACCAAUCAUCGCACUAUGUAUUAUGA